AUGAAUAUCUUCGCUUACAGAAGUCGAUCUUACAAAAGGCAGGUGUGGAAUUUUAAUAACGUCGACACUACAAAUGUGAAUGGGGAACUAUCAGAAUUAGACUGGAUCUCUUCGUGUGAAAACAUCAAAGACAUUAUAUUCAAGGCGGUAUGGCUACUUUCGUUUGAUUGUUGAGAAGUACAUUCCACUGAAAACGGUAACAAUACGUGCCAAGAGUAAACCAUGGACGGAUAGUAAAGUGCACCUGUCAAUUAAGAGGCGGGACCACCUGCUCCGAUUUCACAAAAAAACGCCCAUCUCUAACAACGUGGGAACGCUAUCGGGCUCAACAUAACCUUCCUACUUCACUUGUACGAUUUGCCGAAAAAGCCUUUUAUGAAGAGUCAACAAGGAUCUGAGCAAUCCUGACAUUAACAGUAAAAAAUGGUGGUUAGUCGUUAUGAGAGUAUGUGGUCGAGAAAAUUCCUCAUCUAUUCCAACCAUUGUCGAAAACGAACGGCCCAUAUUUGAUCCCAAGGAAAAAGCGUGUAUCUCCAACGACUACUUUGUGUUACAGACUGAGCUUGCAGGCGCCAACACCAUUUUCCUAUUAUCCCGCCCUAUCAGACUCAACAGUUUUUAUCCCCUUUUAUUGCUACAGAAGAGCAAGUACUUGAACUAA